CCUGCUGUGCUUUUCCAGCACCACUCUAAUCUUGACUCUGGUUUCCAGCAUCUGCAGUCCUCACUUUUGCCUGGUCAGGUAUCUAUCCAAGUCAUCUUUAAAGUUAUCUAACCGCCCAACCUCCAUUGCUCUUGGAAAAGUGAUAUCUCUUGUUUCUAGUACGAAAAUGCUGUGGAUGGAGGAAGAGGCAUUAGGACAAGAAGAAUUCCUUUAUUGUUGUGGGGCUGCUACUCAGCUGCUAAAGUUUGGAUCGGCUGAUUGCUGGCUGAAAGGCAUAUCAAGUAAUUCUACCAAGGUGUUAUUCCUCAUUAUUCCAGGGAACCCAGGGAUAGUCUGUUUCUAUAAACCGUUUAUGCGGAUCUUAUACAAGAUUCUCAACCAGAGGUAUCCCAUUUGGGCUAUAAGCCAUGCAGGCCACUGUGUUCCCCCUGAAGACAUGGAGAUGAUGGAAGAUGUUGAGCUGGAGGAUGUGUUUGGCUUGAAUGGACAAAUAGAGCAUAAAUUAUCGUUCCUGAGGAAACAUGUGCCAAAGGAUGUCAAGUUGGUGCUGAUUGGCCAUUCUAUUGGAUGUUAUAUGAUAUUAGAAAUGAUGAAACGUGAACCUAAAUUACAGGUUCUGAAAGCAGUAUUACUUUUUCCAACAAUUGAACGCAUGGCCGAGUCACCACAAGAAAGCGUCAAGGCCUCGUUGGUGAGGUGGGCGCUGCAGAGUCUACAGUCCCUGGAUGAAACUACUGUCUCUGCCUCUCUUAACCUCUUCAAUGUGGAUUGUGCAGCUAAUGCCAUGUACAUGGGAAGCCAGGAAAUGAUGCACGUUGUACAGAGAGAUGAUCACACUAUAAGACGGUAUUUGGACAAGCUUAUCUUUUACUAUGGAUAUAAUGAUCACUGGUGUCCAAUCACAUAUUAUGAAGAUAUGAAGAAAAGCUUUCCUGAAGGAACCAUUCAUCUCUGCCAAAAAGGAAUUCGCCAUGCCUUUGUUUUGGAUGCAAAUUUAGAGAUGGCUCAAAUGCUAACAGACUGGUUAUGUACGGAUAUAGCAAAGUUGUUAUAAAGCCUUAGCAUAUGUAUCAUAUAAAAUGUAAGAGCUUUUUGAAUAAUAUAUGUUGCAUUAAUAUACUCUUGUAUGUCUGUUAUGUUUUUAAAAUUGAACAAAAAUAAACUACAUUUUAUAAACAUCUUGUAGGUGGGGGAUAUCCAAUCUCUCUACACCUCCAUCCGCCAUGACCAGGGCCUCCAAGCCCUCUGUUUUUUCCUCUCCCGACAUCCCCAACAGUU